UAGUGUUUUUAUUCAAAGUUUUAGCGAAGAUAGUCUGUUUGACUCAUUUGUUUUUUUAUGACAGAAAGAAUCAACCCGUCUUUUAAUCAUGUCACACUGUAAACAGCACUUUUAUGAGUUGUAACGAUCUUCUUUUAAUUGCUUUUUCUAGGAACAUUGCGUUCUGGAUUCCCUAGAUCUGUUUGUAUCUUUUGACAACGUAAACAAUCAGACUCUGCUCCCACGCCUUUAAAUGUGUGCAUGUGUCUAAAGGCCCAACUAUUAAAUGGUUCCAGUCAUAUCUAGUGGGGAAGGUUCUCUCUGUCCAUCCUGGAGGAUUUGCCUGCAGCGUUGGAGUUUCUGUAACCUUGCCGCCUUGGGGGGUGACCACCUGAAUCACUCAUGGAAGAGAUACUUCCAGCGGCGAUGCCACCUGGAGAAGAACAUGACACAAGGUCGAUCGGGACAUUACACAUGCAAAAGCCUGAGAGGGCACACAGGCAGGGUGGUAGGUCUGGUAUACCUGCAAGGGAAUUCAAGCCUAAUGCCAGACCUCUCUAAGAGCAGUGCAGUGGUCUGCAGUGCAUCCACUGAUGGGACAGUUCGAGCAUGGAACAUCCAAAAUGGCGAGAACCUGUGGUGUAGUCCUGUACAGAGUCCUUUGACCAAGAUCAUAGUUGAUGAGAAGCAGGAAGUUAUUAUCACAUCAGACUUUGCUGGCCUCAUUACGACCUGGCAGGGCCAGACUGGCCAGCAGCUGGCCUCUUUCUCUACUGCUUCUUCACACUGUACAUUACUGCAGUACAACAUCAACAAUAAUUGGUUUCUGACUGUUGGAACAGACCAGGGAUCAAUUUGCACUCUAGCUGAUUUGACUUUGACUAAAACGUCCAGUCUAAUGGUGUGUGACUCUUUCAGAGUUGACAUACUCCUAGUUUCACCUGACAAGAAGUGGAUUGUUGCUGGAACCAAGGAAGAUGCUGAUUUAAGUCUAAAGGUGAUUUACAGCGAAAGUUUGACCUCACCGUCUGAAGACGAAGGUACUAUGUGUCAGUCUGUGCCAGUCCCGGGGUGCCAAGCUGCUGUCUUCAUACCCACUCAGCCCGCCAGACUGGCCAUCAUCCACCACACUGAGCUCAGAGGCAACAAAGCCCUCACUGUCUUCGAUGUCAGCAUUAAAAAGAUGAAGUACAAGACGGAGAUCCAGGUCCAGCAGGUGGAGACCUUCUCCUUGACAUUGAACAGCUUCUCCUCACACAUCCUCCUAGAGGCCAAGAACAGCAACUGCAUAGUACUGGCAGCCGAGGAGCAGCUGAUGGUGUAUUCGCUGAAAGGAGCCCUGCUUGCUAGUUUUAAAGAUCAUAGCAGGCCCAUCUCCUCAAUAUGUGUGGACAGUUUUCGUGUUGUGACGGCGUCUCAGGACCUCUCCUUACGAGUGUUGACGUGGAAGAAUGACCCAGACAAUGGGCUCACUCUGGAGAGUCAGUACCACUUGCUGGGAGGCUCUCAAACAAUGUCCAGAGGGUUCACUCACGUCAGCUGUGACUACUCCAGUAUUGUGGGUUCAGUAGAAGGAAAUAAUGGGAAGGAUGUCCUUAAAGCUUAUUCUUUCACAUCUUGAGCAUCAUAGCCCGGCAAAAAGAACAACACACCAUUUACACAACCUUCUGAUAUUUUAUUUUAUUAUGGACUCUUAUGCUUCUUGGUGGGAUCGUGUUGACAAUUAAUGGGAAUGUAACAACCUGAAGAAAUGCAAAACGACAGUAAAGUUGACUGUACGUCAUUGUUCUUUAACUGUACUUAAAGAAAAGAGUGAUGAAUACGACGAGGCUUAAGGCAGAAUGUUUUGAAAUAAAUACUCGGAUGUUUUCUUUGAAGUUUGACCUAAACUCUACUAAGGUAAUGUGUAUUUUACAAUGAAUUACAACAUACAAAAGUUCAUAUGAAGUUUAUGUUAACAAACAUUGCUUUUAUAUUAUUAAAAAGAAUUGUCACAAGGCA